AUGGCCAACAUCUUCAACCCAGAUAUUCAAAUAUCUAUGAUUGACGCGGACGUUGCGCUCUUACACGAUCAAAUCCGAAAGUUGCAUACUCAGCGAAACAGCUUCACGAGAACCUGCUCUAUACCUCAAGAAGUCCUGGCAGAAAUCUUCUCUCAUUGCCGUUGCAACGUGAUCAUGCAUGUUUGCAAACACUGGAGGGAGGUCGCACUCUCUGCGCCGUGCCUCUGGUCGACUGUUGUUUUCCAUCAUGGCCCAAGUCCACUCUCACCGUGGACAGACUUAAAACUUGAGCGGUCAAAACACUCACCUCUCGAUCUCGAAGUUCACGUAGAAGAGGCUCUUGACAAGGUUGUGCGGAGGGAGUCCGUUCAGGUCUCAGUGGAAGAAACUUUGGUGAAAGCACUUCGCCAAUUACCCCACAUUCGCAAUCUGCGGAUAACUUGUCUUCACUCCGUCAUGCCUUUCCUACUUCAGCACCUCACAGGUCCCGCUCCGAAACUCGAGGCGCUUCAUGUUUGCCGCAAAGGCAGGGAGCAAUCUGGAGGCAACGAAGAUUUUAUUUCUGAUGCCUUUCUAGCUGAAACGACACCGCUUCUGCGUGCAUUGUCACUAGAACAUUGCAUGAUUCACCUUAAUUCUCCCAUAUGGUCCAACGUUGAAACUCUCAAUCUGGCAUAUGUCCCAGAGGGCCUCAUGAACACUACUCAGGAGCUCCUAUCUCUUCUACGCAAUAUGCCAGCUCUUCAUAUUCUUAAGCUCGUAGAAGCCCUUCCUCGCGUUACCUCGGCAUCAUCAUGGUUCACCAAAAGGGGUCAGGACGUCGUGAGCUUGCCACGUUUAAAGAAGCUAGUUAUCACAGAUAUCUUGACCGCAUAUGGUCACUUUAUGCCCUACCUCGACAUUCCACCGACGGCCCGAGUUAAACUCCACAUGGAAGAUGCAUCCGACGAAACGUUUGAGUAUCCCAGGAAAGCCGCCCUUCUUCCCGAGAGCAUACUCGCAGCCUCUCCACAAGUCGGAAGUAUAUCUCCUUCACAUACGCUUAAAAUUGAGGGCGAGUACUGGGGAGCGUCCAGGUGGUGUAUCCAACUUUGUUGCGAACAUGCAGACUGUCAAGCCGCUUGUUUCAAGAGCUCCUCGCGGUACAGUACCUAUGCGCACCCAGACCAUGAAGGGCUACGCACAGAAGCACAUUUCAAUCUCAAUCUGGCCGGUUUCAGUCUGCUCGCCAACACAUUCAGAAUGAUAAGUCUACGAGACGUCCAUACGCUCAAACUUUGGAUUCCCAAGACCAUCGACGGCCCUUCUCCAUGGCGUGACAUUUUCAAAAGUACGAGCCGUGUUCGGAGGCUUAUUUUGAGUGCCAUCGGAGUCAUGAGUGUCUACGAUGUCAUACGAGACUUGGACCCAGAAGGACCGGACCUACCUGAUGACUGUCCACUCCCAGAUCUGUCCGAACUUCAUCUCGAACUUCAUGUGCGCCAUUACAACAGCCGGAACCUGCCGUCAGGGACAAAGGUCAUCUCACUUUUACAGCGCGCCCUUACAGCUCGUGCGGAUCUGGGUGUGGUGCUCCCAAAGCUUGUGCUUGAUGGUGAUGCAACGGUAAUGUUUAAAGAACAACAGGAAACACUAUCGGGAUUAGUGCAGGAAGUAGUUUGGCGCGGGAAAUGA